AUGGAAUGCUUUAUCUACUCGCGCAAGGAUGCUACCGGUACCACCAAACUGGAACUGGGUGUGCUGGAAGAAAGCGUCCUCCAACCAGUAUGUGCAUGGACCACGGAAGAAGCGUUUGAUGAUUACAUUGAGUUUGUAGUGGAUGAGGAAGAUCGAUAUUCCGUAAAGCUGGAAGAUGUGACUGUGCAUUCCUUGAUCCCCGCCGAUGAUCUCUCCUACGGGAGUCGACAAGUCGGUGGAGGCAAGGGACCUGGAAACCCUCACGGAGAAGAAAGUGAACUGUUGUACUACAUUCGCAAAGAGGCAUUGGAGGGGAUUGAAGUGACGGUCAAACCAGAACUCGAAAUCACAUGGUAG